AUGAUCCAUGAGCUGCUGCUGGUGCUGCGCAGCUACCUGGGUGGCCUCUUCGUGGACAGUGGCCUGCAAAUCAACCAGAAUUCCCAGAUUUUGCCCAAUAUAUCCCUGGGUUAUGACGUUUACGAGAACUAUUAUGAAGCAAGAAUGACUGCUGACGCCCUGAUGGACUUACUCUCCACCGGGCAAGCAAAUGUUCCAAACUACCUUUGUGGAACAGAGAAGAGGCUUCUGGCUGUGAUUGAAGGGGCCGAAUCUGAUAUUUCCAAUCAGAUUUCUACCAUGUCGAGCCUCUACAAAAUGCCACAGAUCAGUUACGGUUUUGUGUCUGAAACUCUGAAUGACAAAACCCGGUUCCCGUUCAUCUACCGGAUGGUCCCCAAAGAAGAUUACUUGUAUUGGGGAAUCGCCAAAAUGCUCCAACGUUUUGGGUGGAAUUGGGUCGGUCUCCUUGCCCCGGACACUAACAACGGCAAAAGAUUCCUGCAGACUUUGAACCCCAUAUUAACCAGCAACACAAUUUGCGUUGCCUUCUCAGUGAGCAUCCCAACCUUGUCCUGGAAAAUGAGUCUCCUACGCAAUGAACCAUUUGACUUGUGGAACCACGUCAGCGUUUUAAUAUAUUAUGGAGAAAUUCGCUAUUUCUACCACUUUAUACGCUUUAUUCAAAUCUCUGUUCAAAGUCACAUCAAGCCUCUCCUGGCGAAAGUUUGGAUCACCACGGCAACGUGGGACCUCUUCAUGAAUUUAUCUUAUGACAUUCUGUCUCCUCGGCAUCUCCAGGGUUUCUUCUCUUUCUUAAUCCAUGUUGGAAAAAGACCACGAUAUGAUGAAGCGUUUUUCAUCCCUAUGCAAAAGUUUGGCAGAAAGGCAUUUAAUUGUUCGUAUUCCAAACACGUCUUUUCUGUGAAAGGAAGGAUGAGGUGCCAGGAGAAUGAAGAUCUGGAGACCCUGCGGGAAGAGGUGGUAGAAAAAACUCUCUCUCUGGAUGGCUACGGCAUUUACAACCUCGCCUGGGCAGUCGCUCGGGCGUCACACGCUGCCUACUUAUCCAGGUCCAAGCCGAAAGCGAUGAAGGAAAGAGAUCGGAGGCUGAUCCUUCAGAAAUGGCAGCUUCAUCCUUUCCUGGGAGUUUCCCACUUCUACAAUACUUGCAUGAAGGGAGUUUUUCUGGAUGAGAAAGGGGACCUUGCUGCCAAAUUUGAUAUCGUGAACUGGAUGCCCUUUCCUAAUAAGUCCUUUGGGGCAGUGAAGUUUGGGAGGAUAGAUCGACCACGGGGGUCCAAAGAUCUGGAAUUCAUCCUUGACCAGGAGGUCACAAACUGGUCCCGGAAGUUUAACCAGUCUCUGCCUCGCUCCAGGUGUACCGAAAGUUGUCGUCCUGGCCAAGCCAAAGUGGUCCUGGAAGGAAGGCCUCUUUGCUGCUACGGGUGUGCUAUGUGUGCAAAAGGCACCAUCUCCACACAGGAAGAUGCAGAGAAGUGCACAAGAUGUCCAGAAGAUCAACAUCCAAAUAAAGAGCAAACCGAAUGCAUCCCCAAGAAAGUAACUUUCUUGUCUUACAAAGAAGACAUGGGGAUAAUCCUGGCUUCCUUUAGCCUCAUCUUGUCUUUGGUCACAGCAUUCAUCUUAGCAAUCUUCAUCAAAUUCUUAGAAACUCCCAUAGUCAAGGCCAACAACCGGGACCUCUCCUACAUCCUCCUGGUCUCUCUUCUAUUGUCCUUCUUGACUUCCCUCCUCUUCAUUGGUCGUCCAAGGGCAGCUACCUGCCUUCUCAGACAAACAUCCUUCAGCAUCAUCUUCUCUAUUGCAGUGUCUUCCAUCUUAGCCAAAACGAUUACAGUGGUGUUGGCUUUCCUGGCCACAAGACCUGGGAAUGCUGUGAGGAGAUGGCUGGGAAAGACUCUGGCCAAUUGUAUUGUCCUUUCCGGUUCUAGUCUCCAAGCGAUCAUCUGUAGCAUCUGGCUGGGAGUUUCUUCCCCAUUCCCUGAGGCUGACAUGCACUCCCAGCCAGAAGAGAUUGUCCUGAAGUGCAACGAAGGCUCUGUCACCAUGUUUUAUGGUGCCCUCUCAUACAUGGGCUUCUUGGCUGCCAUCUGCUUCACAGUGGCUUUCCUGGCCAGGAACCUCCCUGGGGCCUUCAAUGAAGCCAAGCUGAUCACCUUCAGCAUGCUGGUCUUCUGCAGUGUUUGGGUGUCUUUCGUGCCCACCUAUCUCAGCACCAAAGGAAAGUACAUGGUGGCCGUGCAGGUCUUCUCCAUCCUGGCCUCCAGUGCUGGACUGGUGGGCUGCAUGUUCAUUCCCAAAUGCUACAUCGUUUUGAUACGACCGGACCUGAACACAAAGGAACAGCUAACAGCAAAAAGUAGAGAUGGUUUGAGCGUGAAUGCAAAGUAA